AUGUUGGACGAGAGAGACCACGAGAUCGGCGGCAGCCACGGCGGCGGUGCCGACCAAGGCAUGGGGGCGACGGUCCUGUCCCUGGCGCAAGGGCUGGGCCUAGAGUUCGUUCCCCUCUCCGCCCUCCUCUUCCUCGACGCCCGGGACAUCGGGGCCUGCGGCGCCGCCAACCGCUUCCUGCACAAGGCGGCGGGCGACGAGGGGGUGUGGAGGGCGGCCCGGGACCGGCUGUGGGAGGGGAAGGUCUUCGUGCCGGAGAGCUCGCGCGCGAUGCGGGCAAAGGAGGGCUACAUCGCCAGCCUGCGGGACUCGAAGCGGACCUGGCUUCACGCGGAGGAGCUCACCUCCUUCUCCUGGUGGUUUCGCUUCAAGCAGCAGGCCGGGGAGGCUUGGACCGCGCAGGACCCUUGGUACCGCAACGAAAAGGGUUGCACCAGUGAGCCAGCCAGUAGCGCGGGCCGGGGACCCACCCUACCGCCACGGUGGGGCAAAACCACUGGAGAGCGGUGGCGCGUGCUGCCGUGGCGUCCUUGCGGCGCAGGCGCCGAAGGUGGACUUCAAGCUCGACCACACGGUUCUGCGUCACGGCGACAUGUCGCUGCCCCCCGCGAGGACGAGAGUGCUUUCCAAGGCGUGGAGAAGAACGAGGAUGACGAUGGCGGGGGUGGAUGUUUUGCCGCCAAGGCCAACAUUAGCUGGCGGUUCGUGGGAAGAACGGGAAGGAGAACAGGUCCGACCGGGUCUUUCCUCCGCGUAAGCAUUGGAGGGCGGGAAGUGCCGACGUACAUCGUGUCUCGCCAUCGGUCUAACUGGGGAUUCCUGCUGGAGAGCUGCUGGACGGUGUACACGAGCUGGGAGAUGCCCCCCCGCGAAGGGCCCGACUGUGACCAGUCGCUGUUGGACGACAAGCUCACGGUCACCAUGGAUGAUCAGUGGGAAGAGCGACGCGACUUGAGCCUCUUUGCGGGGUGA